AUGGCGAAAGGCAAGAAGCGCAAGCUUCAUGCGGCAGACGACAGCAGCAAGAGCAACGUGAAGGCAAAGAAUAAAUCUGCGACCACAUCUACCAAAGCACGGGAGCCGACGAUACCUUUCCACGCUGAGGACCGCAUACUAUUGAUAGGCGAAGGCGACUUCUCAUUCGCCAAGUCGAUCGUCGAGCACCAUGGCUGUUACGAAGUCACCGCAACAUGUUUUGACUCCCCGGAAGUGCUCUUCUCGAAAUACGAUCCGCAAGCCAAACAGCAUGUGCAGUAUCUCGAGGACGAGAGCCAGACCGUGCUGUACAACGUCGAUGCUACGAAGCUCGAUCAGAACAAACAGCUGCGUAAUGGAUCGCAGUACGAUGCCAUCCUCUUCAACUUCCCACAUGAAUUACUUGUCAAAUUCUUCAAAUCAACUUCCUCGCUAUUGGCCGAGGGUGGGAAGAUCGUGGUGACAUUGUUUGAAGGCGAGCCAUAUUCGCUUUGGAAUGUGAGAGAUCUGGCGAGGCAUGCUGAGCUGGAGGUGCAGCGGACGUUCAAGUUUGUGGCUGAGGCGUAUCCGGGCUAUAGUCAUGCGAGGACGCUGGGCAAUAUUGAUGGAGGUGGUGGCUGGAAGGGCGAGGAUAGGGAGGCGAAGAGCUUUGUGUUUCAGAGGAAGGGCGCGGAUGCUACGAAGAACAAGAAGCCUAAUUCGAAGAAUGCGAAGAGGAAGAGGCCACGAGAAGAGGACAGCUCGGACGAUGAGGGCUGA